CAUUUCAACAGCUAAACAGAUCUAGGAGUAGCCAAUGCUAGGGAGAUGGAUGAUACUAUUUUUGAGGGGGUGGGGGAACAUUUGGUACAUCCCCUUUGUGAUGUACUUCCUUCCUGGAACCCUGGGAGCCAACAUUCCACUCUUACUCACUUACCCCGCCCACUUCACUGGGCAUUGGCUGCUCUGGUUGUUGAGUCUCUAGCAACAGCUGAGUCAAGGACGUUUUGUCUUGAGCCUGAAGAAGACAAGAUGAUGUCUUUUCAAAAUCACAAGGGUCCCACUGACAGGAAAACAGUGAGUUCCUGUGCCAAGAUCCCUGUGGAUGUGUUUUAUGAACCAAAGAAUAUACGCAAGGCCAUCCAGGAUAUUUCUGCAUACUUUUCAGAUGAAGAGUGGGGAAAGCUGACCAAAUGGCAGAAAAGUGCCUACGUGUAUAUGAAAAGAAACUAUGACCGAAUGAUGGGCCUAGGGGUCACAGUGAACCAACCAGUUUUCAUGCGCUGCAAGGAGCAGGCCAAGCGACCCCUGGUCGAAUGUGUUGAAAUUCCUGAUAGUGAAGAUGAAUCCUCUGACAGAGCUUGUGGUGUGACACAGAGAAAACGGAUAAAGCUGGUGUCAGUGACAAUUUGUAUUCAUGACAUCAGAGAAGAACUUACCUCUGGAAAGCAUGGUUUCUACUUAACAGAAUCGGGUACCGUUUACAUAAAUCCCUGGAAAUACCGGCUUCGAGAGAGGAAGAAGAGAGUGAGAUAUGCAGAGAUUAGUGAUCCUGAAGAAGAUGAUGAUGAUUAUUGA